GGAAAAGCUUAGAGGGUAUAAUUCAAGCUAUCCCCCGGUGGGGGAUUGGAGUGAGAAGAUGUCAGUGAAGAUGGUGCAUCUACUGCCUUGAUCUUUGACUUACUCUUGUCGUUGUUGGUAUCAUUUGUCGAGCCAUAAUGGCUCCUUCGUAUGCGUGUGAUGGCAUUGUCAACCUCCUCUCGCUCGACGGUGGAGGUGUCCGAGGAGUAUGCGAACUCGUCAUUCUCGACAGGAUCAUGACGAAAGUCCAAGAGAAAGAUGGUCUCGAUGAGAUUCCCAAACCGUGCGACUACUUCCACUUGAUAGGAGGAACCAGCACCGGAGGACUCAUCGCCAUUCUUUUAGGAAGACUUCGAAUGACAACCACAGAGGCUCUCAAGGAAUACGACAGCUUUGCGAGCGAAAUCUUCAGCAAAUGGAACAGGAGGUUCAGCAUUUCCGCCAAGUUCGACGAAAGGUCUCUAGAGAGAGUUGUCAAGUCGAUUGUGGAAAAACGCGGAGAAAGCCAAUUGAUGAGAAACCCCAAGGGUGACCCUUUAACCGGCAAGGCCUUCGUUUGUGCUCAACGAGCCAAGGAGAUUGCCGCCGUACGUCGAAUUCGAGCAUACUCCCAUGAGGACACGGUAAUAUCAGAUGAGAAUGUCACCAUCUGCGAGGCAGCAAGAGCAACAUCGGCGGCGCCGACUUUCUUCGACCGCGCCGAAGUGACCGGUGAAGAUUUGAUCGACGGUGCAUUUGGCUGCAACAACCCGUCUCAAGAGGUGCUUUCCGAAGCUGCACAGGUUCUGGACAAGACGUGCAAGAUCGGCUGCGUCUUGAGUCUCGGGACGGGGUUCCGAAAUAAAUCUCUAGAAUCGGCUGGAAAAUAUCCAGGCUCAGGAAUUCCCUUCGUCAAGGAAUUGCUACAAUCGUUGAAAGAGGUGGCGACAGACUGCGAGUUGGCUCACCGUUCUACCGAAACUCGGUUUACAGACUUUCCGGAUACGUACUUUCGCUUUAACGUCCCGGGUGUUGCAGAUGAAGUCAAACUGGAUCAAUACAAGAAAAUUCCGCUGUUGAAGAAAGCUACCGAGGAGUAUAUGAAGACACCUGCUGUCAAGGAGAGUAUCGAGAAGGUUGUCGACAUUCUCUGCAAAGGAAUUACGUCGGGGAUAACUGUCGGCCAGGCAGCGUAUCCCGACAUCAACCAAAUGAUAACGGACAAGCGGCGGUCCCAGACAAAAGGAAGGGUGACCCGGCUCUUUACUGGAAGAACUGAUAUUUUGAGUACGAUGUCAACAUACUUCCAGAACUUCAGUAACCCAAGACGGGAAUUUCUACUCUUGGGGAUGGGAGGCGUUGGCAAGACGCAAAUCGCCUUGAAGUUUGCCGAUAACCACCGCAAAACAUUGUUCCAAAGGGACUUCUGGGUCGACGCUACUGAUGCUGCUACAAUUUUUGACAGCUACCACCUCAUCUAUGAUGAUCUCUUCCCUAGUGAUGGCGAGCCCAAGCACAAGGGAAGGGCAAGAAUUACCAAAGUCCAUGAAUGGAUGCAAGAAAACGAUGACUGGCUCCUGAUUCUUGAUAACUACGGGCCAGAUAAAGGCAUGAGCCAGUAUAUCCCACCCGGAAACAAGGGAAACAUCAUCUACACCAGCCGCUUCAACAACCUCACACAACUACUCCCUCGCGAAGCAGUUGUGCAAGUCAAUGAGAUGAGCAAGGAAGACGCCAUUACUCUUCUCCUUCGAGCCGCUCGAGAAGCGCCCGAGAACCCAGGCUAUCGAAAGUCUUGUGAGCCCAUUGUUGAUGCAUUGGGGUGUCUGCCUCUUGCCCUCGACCAAGCCGGUGCCUUUAUGGGUGAAACUCAGAUUUCCUUCCCUGACUAUCUCUCGCGGUUCCUCGAAGCCAAGCAAGACUUGCUUAAGAACCCAAAGUACCUCGGGGCCAAUGAGCAAAACACAGCCGUGUACACAACCUUCAACCUCUCGUACUACAUGCUCGAGGCUUUCCAAAGACUCAGGGGGGGCUAUUCCAAGGCGGAAGCUGCAAGGACUGGCAUCAAGAUUCUCAACACCAUUUGCUUUUACCACAACUCCGGUAUCAUGGAGGACAUGGUUAGGCGAGCGGCCGAGUACCGUGCCAAACGCGCCGCUAACAUUGACAUGCCUGACGACGAUUACAGCAUCCAAGGUUUGCUGGAGGUUGACAGCCAAAAGGGAGGGAAAUGGGAUCCAACUGAAUUUCGCAAAGCAGUUGAUCUUCUGGAUUCUUUCUCCCUCCUCAAAAAGGAUCCCGGAUACGAACUAUCCAUGCACGUCCUCGUCCACCUCUGGGCCCGAGACAGAAUGAGCAGCAAACAACGUGCCUCCUUUGGCAAGUCAGCCCGCAUCCUCAUCCAUGACUCGAUCCCUAUCGUAGGCAUGAACGACCCCUCCAACGCAUACUUUCGUCGUCGUAUCUUCCCGCACAGCGAGAUAUGCGAGCGUCUCGUCGAGACACGCCUCAGCCAAGAAGAAGAAGCCCUCUUCCAGGGCAAGCGAGGUGUCCUCCUCGACGCCAUGGGCAAAGACGACGAGGCGGUAGAGGCUUGGAAGCAAACAAUAACCUCUUACGAGUGCCUCUUCAGCGUGCGCGAUGAGCGGACCCUAAGUGCCAUGGGCAAGCUCGCCGACCUGUACCUCCGCCUUCGUCGCCAUCCGGACGCCGAACCCCUACUCCAGGAAAUUCUCGAGCGAAAGGAAGACAUGCUCGGUCCGCACAGCGACGGCACCAUAGCCGCCAUGGUCAACCUCGAGCGUCUCUAUCUAGACAUGGGCCGCAUGGUGCAAGUCCGUGAUAUGCGAGCCAAAAUCCUCGCCGCCCGCAAAGCCAGCACGAAUCCGCGUCAACAAGCCUUGAUCGCCGACACGGAAGCAGCCUUGAUGCGCGCCAAUGAAACCCUAAACCACCUAGCCACCAUCCAAAACGGCACCGUCCAAUAUGAUGAUCCCUCCUCCCCCUUCUUCUCCGACCUCAAAGUCCCUAGCAUUCCCCCUUCCUCCCUCGCCCCCUCCGAAGCAGCCGCCGCCGAAGCCGUCUUCCUCAAAGAACAAUCCGCCCUCUGGACUUUAUACUCGCAAUCUCUCUCCUCCUUCGGCCCCACCGCCCUCCAAUCCCUCUCCGCUCUCUCACAGAUCACCACCCACCUGCUCUCCAACUCGCACCUCUCUUGCGCCGAGAUCGUCUCCGGCGAGGUCAUGGCCCGCUGUCUCAAGCGCUUCGGCCCGCUCUCCCCCGCCGUCCCAGAACAUCUGCACGUCUAUGCGACGGUGCACGCCUACCAGGGGAAAAUGGACGACGCCAUUGCUAUGCAGCGCGAGUGCGUCGAGUUCAGCACCGAGGAGCUCGGCGAGGGGAAAGAAAGUGCACAUACGUUGCGAAUGGAAGUCGCGCUACGGGAUUGGAAACCCUUACUCGAGCGGGCGGAACAGAUCAAGAAGAAGAACGAGAGGAGGGAGGAGAUGGAAGGGAUGCGGGAGACGUUGGUUACGCUCAGGCAGAGAUUCAAUGAGGAGGAGCUGAGGAGAAAGGUGGAGACUGAGAUGGAGGGGAUGGAUUGGGAGGAGUUUUUGGAACUGGAACGGGAUGUGAAAUUUGUGUUUUCAGACCAGGGGCCUUUAGAGGAUUUGUGCGAAACGGCGGAGGGGUGUGUGAAGAACGGAUUUAAGGAGUUGUAUAAGCGGUUGGGGAUUGAGCGGGCGGAGAAGUAUGUGCAUGUGCCGUUGAGGAGGCUGUUGGAAGAGAAGAAUGGGGUGGGAAAGGGGGAGGUGGCAAAUGAGGCGCAAAACAAGGAGACGAGGGAUCUGGAGGAGGGCCUGUUGGUAAUGAACCUAGUGCAAGAAGAUGGAGGAGGGAAGUAUUCGGUUGCUGUUGAUGGUUGGAGGUGACUAAAAGAAGGGGGGAUUUUACACUACUUGGAUCUAAGGUUCGUUGGGGUUAGUCUGCUACUCUUUUGCUUUGGGUUUCGGUUCGGAUAUAGAAUAACUUGAACAGACGGGCAGAUGGGUUGCAUAUGACGAAUCAAUGCUCUGCGCGAUGUAACGCCACGAAAUGAAAGUGUAAAGUUCGCUAUCGAAGAACAAUCAACCGGUCAACAAAAGAAAAAAGAAAAAAAAAAAGAC